CACCUGUGUCUCAGGUGUCAAGAGAGAGAGAGAGUUAAACAUUUUACAGCACCUGAAGGACUCCAGCUACAGACAAGAUUUGGGAAUUUCACCACAAAGCCGUCUCAUCCCAUGAGACUUGUCACAUCAUGAGAUCAUGCAGCCGAUUCCUACUGGUUUACCUACUGGGGAGCUGCUUUGGGGCAGCAAGGGCACAGAGCAAUGCAACCUGCACUACUGUCGAAACGUGUGGCCAGGUGCCAGAUCCGACCUCUCACUUCCUCCAGUGUGUGGGAUUGCCUUCGAAUGACACAGGGAGAGAUCACAUGCGGAGGCUGAAAGGAAUGCUUGAAGCGACGAUGGAUGUGUACACCUUCAUGAGGUCCAGCAUGACAGGAGUGCCACUUCUCAGCCUGCAGGGGGCCCUGGAAUUAGACCCCGGAGCAGACCCCCUUCAGAACGAAGCCCUGGUCCAGAUGUGGAUGGAGGUCACGAUAAAACCACUGCUGAAAUCUAUCAACAAACACUUCCUGUCCUGCCUCAGCACGAAGACCUUCAGCUGCUCCACCUACCAGACUGUGGUGAGGGAGCUCAGCCACCAUUAUUCUGAGAUGAAUCCAGUCAGACAAAAGUGGAUCUACACAUUCUUUAUGUACCCCUUUCUGUCUGGAGACAGAGUAGCUGGUUGUGUGAGUCCACAGGAGAGCAGUGAGGAGUGGUUGCUGAAGAAUUUUGGUGCCUUCAGAGCCAUGGCCCGAAUUAAGGAUUUUUCAACACUUAACAUGGUCUUCAGCGGAUUGGAGGUUCUGAACCUGCUGUCUCCAGCGCAGAAAGCUGAGCUGCUGCUGAUGCCUGAGGUUGCAGGUUUAGACAACGACACCCUAAGCCUGGUCUUCCACAGUUUGUUGACAGGGGGCUCUGGCCCUCCACCCACACCCAGCCCUGGAGGUGCCUCCUACUGGACGAGCCCUGGAGCUGACCAAAACUUGACCUAUCCUGGUGGUAACCAAAACUGGACCUUUCCUGGUGGUAACCAAAACUGGACCUAUCCUGGUGGUAACCAAAACUGGACCUUUCCUGGUGCUGACCAAAACUGGACCUAUCCUGGUGGUAACCAAAACUGGACCUAUCCUGGUGGUAACCAAAACUGGACCUUUCCUGGUGGUAACCAAAACUGGACCUAUCCUGGUGGUAACCAAAACUGGACCUAUCCUGGUGGUAACCAAAACUUGACCUAUCCUGGUGGUAACCAAAACUGGACCUAUCCUGGUGGUAACCAAAACUGGACCUAUCCUGGUGGUAACCAAAACUGGACCUUUCCUGGUGGUAACCAAAACUGGACGAGCUCUGGAUACCCUUCUACCUAUCCUCCAUAUCCCACAUAUGACCCAUACCCACCACCGUCCCCAGAGAACAGCCUCAGACAGGUUGUGAAUGGGUUCAUGAUGGCUUUUAAACCCAUUGGGAGCUUCGUUCAUAACUUUGUGUCCUUCACACAACAGAGGAACGUGUCAGAAAUAAGAAGCACCACUCUGACCCAGUUCCUACUUAACUGGACUCUGGCUGAGCUGGCAGACACGUACAGGCAACAAGAACCAUCUGUAGUUCCAGAAACGCCAACGUUUGAUGUGACAAAUGUGGAGGAUUGGUACCAGUAUGUCGUGAUGCCGGUGUUACAAAGCUUCCUACCGAAUGACGGGGCCCUCAUGCAUCAAAACAUCAUACUCGCCUUCCACCAAUUAUUCUAUCUAAAUAAUAGUAUGGACAACAACACCUCUGAAACUGUCAGUGAAGUGCAGGAUGUCUGUAGCAUCACGCUCGAUAAGAAUCCUUGCGGGCUGACUGAUGCGGUGGAAAAUGUGGCCCAUGUUUUGCACUGCGCUGCUCGUAGCAACCUGACAGUAUCCGAGGAGACGGUCAUGAGAUUGAUUGUAGAGCUGACAGAACGUCUGAACUUACUGAUCAAAGAGUUGUCAACAACAAACUUCCACGAGGUGGCGUCCGACUUUCAGCAGAUCUUUGGCAAGGCAGAGUCUCUGUCUCUGACCCAAGAACAUCUGAAUGACCCAGACUUCAUCAAGCUCUGGUUUCAGAUCAAACUGGUUCCUCUUCUGCCUUACGUCCCCAUAGACAUUCUAUCCUGCCUCAGCACCAAGAACUUCUCCUGCCCAGUUUUCCAAACCCUUGUGGCAGAAUUUGGCAAACAUGAGCCUUCAGUGUAUCCUAAUUAUGAAAUCUAUCAGCGUCACGUCCCUGUCCUGCUAUCCGUCACCAUUCCUGCUUACACUCCCCAGGUAAUACCCCGGUGUUUCUCCUCCAAUCAAAGUGAAUGGCUGCUGAACAACUUUGGUGUCUACUCAAGUAUCAUCCGCAUCACUGACUUCUACAAGCUCAACUCUAACUUCUCUGGACUGGAGGUUCUUCCACUCUUGUCUCCAAGUCAGAUAGCAGACUUGCUGAUUUUACCUCUUCCUACUCCACCUGAGAAAGACGUUGCUAUUGACCGAGUAUUUGACUUCCUAUUGGAGUUUCCUGAAUACAUGAAACUUCCAGAGGUCCUGAGAAGCCUCCUCCAACACAUCGAUAAGAUACCCUGUGAUGUCUUCAAACACAUCUUUGAGAGAUUAUACGGAGCCAUACCACUUCUGCCACCAGAUUUGGAACCAGUCAUCUGGGAUUAUAUAAAUAUGCUGAUAAACCAGGCACCAGAUCCAGCGUGCGUACCAGAGAAUGUCAAGUGCCCAAUUACCCAGUACAAUGGUUCUGAAGUCUGCAGAGGAGUUAACAGCUCUGACCUGAACUCUUACCUAAACACACAUAUGGAAGUUCCCUGCAAUUUUGCCUUGGAGACAUAUGCAUGUGCACAGCUGGAGAACUUCACAGCCAAUCAGCUGGUGUCUCUUAUAGAGUGUAACCUGCCUGGAAACAGCAAGUACUCCAAAGUGCUGUGGAAGAUGCUGCUGACGAAGCUAUCAUUUGUCUUGGACCCAGCUCUGGACGUGCUGGCUAACAUGCCCAUGGCCACGGUUGGUCCAUCGGCGUCUCAGAUUUUGGAUGUGAUUUGGGAGAUGAGAGUGUCACUGCUGACUGAUGAGCAGCUGAUGAACAGCAGUGUCAUCGCGAAGUGGUUCUCCGGCCGUCUGAGAAAGUUCCUGCCACCUGAAUCAGGAAGCUUCCUGCGCUGUCUGAGCGGCAGAAACCUCAGCUGUGCUUCAUACCAGCAAAUACUGCAGGAACUGAUCCGCAAUUUUAAUACCCCCGGAAAUCAACGGUUUGGGGUCUUCCAUGAUUUCGUCCUCCGUUUCCUGUCACAGCCAAACUCAGGUUCAGGCUGUGGUUCUGUUUCCAAUGGCAGUGCAGAGUGGCUAAUGCAGAAUCUGGGUCCAUUUUCUGAGUUUUUGUCCCUUCAACAGCUGCUUGAUCUCAACCCAUACUUCAACCCUCUAGAGGCCCUACAACUCCUUACUCCGGUACAGGAUGCAGAGCUGGUGUUGACUUUUCCUACUUCUGUAGAGAAAUCCGUCGUCAUAAAUAUGGUUUUUGAUUACCUGACUAAGUCUUCUGAUGAGACGAACUUUCGCUUGUUCCUUCGUUACCUUGUCUAUUACCAUUUCCAGGGAAAAAUACCCUGUUCAUCAUACAAACUACUGUUUGCCAGAAUGGACUUGGCCAUUCCUACAGUUUCUCUUGCUGCAGCUUCAGACAUCGCGAUCACCAAGAUGCAGUUAUCCUUGUACACACCACCAGGUUGUCUCAUAUACACUUCAGAGUGCAAUGUUACCAUGAUAAAUGAAACAGACAUUUGUGUUGGAGUGAACAGCACAGUGCUGCAGCUCGACCUCAGCGGAGGGAUGACCGAACGUGUCUGUGACUUUGCUGUUGAGGAAUUUGCCUGUGCCUCACUGUCAACGCUGCAAGCAGCAGAUCUGGCGGCGGUGUUGGCGUGUAAUCGCUCCUCCAACUCCAGCGGCUCAAGACCAGCCUGGAAGCUUCUCCUCUCCAAAGCCUCAAAUGUGCUGGAUGCAGCUCUGGAUCUUCUAACCAACACGACUCUGGACCCCAGUAAUCCUGCAGUUUCAGUGAUUUUAGACUCUAUACUUGAAAUCCGAUUGGACACAUUCAGCAAGGCCAGCCUCAAUGAUCCCGCCCUCAUCCAGCUGUGGUUCAAUCAGCAGCUUCGCCCAUUCCUGCCCGCCGUUUCCCCCGAUUUCCUCUCAUGUCUCAGCACGAAGGGGUUGGACUGUAGCGCCUAUCAGCACAUCGUGCAGAUUUUGAGCAGCGUCCAGCCACGCAUGACACUCACCAGGCAGAUUUCUGUCUACACACACUUCAUCAAGGCUUACCUGACCUCGAAUAACACAGACUGCAGCUCAAACACUAGCAACAGUGGAGAGUGGCUGCAGAAGAACUUCGGAGGUUUCUCUGUCUUCGCGUCCUUCCAGGACCUGCAGAUGAUUUAUCCCAACUUCAUAGCGAUGGAAGCCUUACCGCUGCUGACCAUCAGACAGCUGGCUGACGUGUCGGCCACACCCAACCAGCUCACCUCUCCUGACCAGGUUGCCAUGGUGAUGCAGUAUAUACCCAGCCAAUUCCUUGCUGACUUCUUUGAUGACUUCUCACCUGCUAUCCUGGGUCAUGAAGACAUGUUGCCCAUUGUGGUGAGGUCAGCCAUGUUGCAAGUUGUGUUUGAUCGGGCAAACCUCUCAGAUCCCGCGGUGAGUGACUCAGUUGUGUCGCUGUGGCUCCAAAAACGACUGCCCCCCCUGCUGGUUGACCUGUCACUGGAGAAUGUCGCACCGUUCUUCAGAAUACUGGCGGGAAGAAACUGCAGCAUCGAGCAGCAGGGUGUUGAAGACCUGAAUUCAACAAUCUCCUCUCUCAGUGCUGUUACACAGAAAGAAAUCUACAACAACAUCGUUCAGACUCUCACAGAACCGAUACCUCUGCAGUGCUACGGUGACAACUACAACCGCAGUUUCUACAGUUUCCUGGAGAGCUCAUUCAUGGGAUUCCAGUUUCCCAACGUCACCACCUUCCUGUCCCUCAUGCCUCUUGACAGGGUGCAUCAGCUGGUGAACUCCAUACCUCCAUCAGAUCUUGCAGAUUUUCUCCGUCGCCCUGAUGUUGUCGACAACGAUGCAGAGCUCUGUGUGAUCUACAGCAACUACGUCCAGACACCGAUGUUCCUAGAGACCGAGUCUCUCCCAGAUGUGGUGCGGCGGCCCACCCUGCCUUGCGUCUGGCCCAUGGCGCUCAGCAGCUCCGACAAGUCAGAGGUCAACGCCUGGUUUGACCAACGCCUCAAAAGCUAUUUGGGCUUCCUCACAAAGAGUCUGAUCAGCCCCAAUAUAACACACAACUCCUCCUGCCUGGCCUUCCAAAAGCUCGUGUCAGUACUUGGGGAAUACAACUACACUGGUGCAGACUUUACGAGACAAGAUGUGUUCAACACCAUCAGCGCAUACCUCACCUCAGCGACGGUGCCAAGGUGUUACGACCCCAGCGAUCCAGAACUAAACUCCACAGCCUGGUUUGUUGAGUACAUCGGCCCUUUCAUACCUUUCCUCACUCUGGAGGAUCUUCAGAUGUUUGGAUCUGCACAGGUUAUCCAGGUGUUCACGGUGAACCCUCUGAAUAUCGCUCUCCUCCAAUACUCCGGUUUACCUCUCAACCUCACCAACUACUACACCCAGCUCAUUUAUCAACAGGACAGCAACUUCGACCCCUUACUACUUCCUCUGUUGUGGCGGUGUGUCGCUCCUGGUCCAGCAUUCAACCAGCUAACAUCAGAAGAAAGUAUAACAGUUCUACAGAACCUGACCACUCUCUGUACAGCCCUGAACCCAGAGGUUGCUGCAGCUUUGGCAGGUAACUUCGGUGACAACAUCAAUGCUGCGGCCAUUACUGCCCUCGGCAGCCAAAGCAGCGGCCUGUCCACCGGUCAGAUCAACAUGAUAAAGCCUGAGGAUCUAUAUGCCGCCCUCUUCACUCUCAGCAGUGUUACAGACUGGAAUGAAGGCCAGGCCAGGGCCAUCAUCCUGUCUCUGAUGUCUUCAGGGCUUGUGAAGAUCAACAGCUCGUCAACGUUGUUCAUGCUGGGCUCUCUUGUUGUCGGUGUUCCUGCGAAAAUCUUCGGCAGCAUCAGUGGCUCCCAGCUCCUUACUUCAUCCAAAAAUCCUUCAUUCCUGGGAUACAUGCUGUCCGCUCCACAGGUCGUCCAGCAGAUCUUUGUUACUCAGAUUGUAUCAGUGAACAGCAACAGUGACACGAUCAUACAGAACGUUCCAGAUGAAAUGGCCACUCAGAUCCCUCGUGCUCAGCUGCUGGGCUUCUCAAAUAACGGCAGCGUUAUCACCACACUCAACCAGAAGACAUGGAAACCGCAGCAGGUUGAGUUGUUCUUUGAAAUAAUUGCUGUGGAAUCUGCCACCGCAGUGCUGGGAAGUCCAAACAAUUUGUCAUCCUCUGUGCUGCAAGGGUUCACGUGCACCGGAGUGAGGAAUGUUGAAAAGGUGCAGAUCAAGAAGCUGAUUAAAGCCUGCCGGAGGAAAGGCAGGAAGAAGGUCCCAUUGGUCGAGACUCAGCUGACCUGCAUGUAUAACUACAUUAAAAAUGACUCAGAUGCCACCAGCUUCGACCUCUAUCCUCCUGACGUGCUGCUGUACUAUGAUUACUCCCUGGUGCCACAGGCCAGCUGCAGGUUCUAUUUUCAACAGCUGGCAGAAGCAGACUUCUCCGUCUUCUCCUCCAUCCUCAGCUACAAACUGACCGCUCUGUUUGCUAAUGCCAGGAGCUGCCUGGGUAUAACAAACACGACAUUGACUGCAGAUACUAUAUCGGUGUUGGGAAACAUGUGCUGCACUCUGGAUGGUACCUACAUCGAGAACUCUGACCCGUCCAUCUUGGAAAAACUCAAGAACUGCCCGGACCUCACCAACGCUCAGGCGGCUGCUGUUGAAGCUCUACUGCAGAGCGGGAAAACACAGUACGGAGCUCCAUCAACAUGGGACUACCAGACUCUGAAGAACCUCGGGAUGUUACCGCUGUACUUGACCUCAACCUUCUACAGUAACUUUGACAAAAAAACAAAGCAGAUGUUCUUGGAGUACUUCCUCAAAGUUAUCGCGAGCAACGGAGUGGACAGACAGAAGAAGGCGAGAAUGAUGGAAGAAAUAAGAAAGUCCAAUAGAAAACAAGUCAAGUCAAAGCGAUCUAUCGUAAACGGGUGCACGGUUGGAACGAUCACCCAGGUGACCAUCAGCGAUGAGACGUUCCCCUUCAACUAUGACGACAUAACUCAGUUCAACUGCUGCCUCAGCGCCUCGACUGUGAAGGACAACUUGGCAGCCAUCACUAUGAAGGUGGACCAGGUGGAAUACCUCCAGAUUGUUCUCAGCAAGUUGCGAGAGGCUUACGCUGCCAACUCCACUAUCCCAGAAGAUCAGGUUCAGGUCCUAGGCCCAGCGUCCCGUGUGGCGUCCAUUAGUGACAUCAACCUGUGGACUAUCACUCAGAUCGACACACUCUCUGCUUUGAUGGACCCAUCCAACGGGCCGUGGGACCCAAGUAUGGCUAAGGCCAUCAUCUCUAAGUAUCUGAGUAAUGAAGGGAACACACUGGGCAGCGCUGAGCUCAACGCCAUCGGAGGAGCCAACCUUUGCUCCCUGGACGUUGAAGUUUUGAAGAACAUUUCCCAAGAAAGCCUUAAAGAGGCCGACGCCCUGAUGGUGUCCAACUGCACCACGGAGAAAAAGGAAGUACUGUUCACCAUCGCCACACAAGCAUUUGCCACAAUGACCCGCUCAACUGUCCCUGUUUCCUCCUACCAGCUCACACAACCUUUCAUCGGGGGUGCAUCUCUAGACUAUGUCCGAAGUUUGGUGCCCUCCAACAUCAACAUGGACAUGGCUACCUUCACCAGUCUGGAUCCAAACGUUGUACUGAACCUGACUGUUAGUGACGUCCAAGGUCUGCUUGGCUCCAACGUGGCUGAUUUAAAGUCCUAUGAAAACCAAACGCUGGUACAGAACUGGAUCACCAGGCAGUCCCAGACAGAGCUCAACACACUGGGAGUGGGGCUUGUGGGAGGCAGAGCUGCCUCUACCGCCACCACCAUCUCUCCGACAACCACCACCGGCUCCGCAACCAUCACCAACUCUCAGACAACCACCACCGGCCUCGCAACCAUCACCAACUCUCAGACAACCACCACCGGCUCCGCAACCGCCACUAUCUCUCCGACAACCACCACCAGCUCCCCAACCUCCACCAACUCUCAGACAACCACCACCGGCUCCACAACCUCCACCAACUCUCAGACAACCACCACCAGCUCCCCAACCUCCACCAACUCUCAGACAACCACCACCAGCUCCCCAACCAUCACCAACUCUCAGACAACCACCACCGGCUCCCCAACCUCCACCAACUCUCAGACAACCACCACCAGCUCCCCAACCUCCACCAACUCUCAGACAACCACUACCGGCUCCCCAACCUCCACCAACUCUCAGACAACCACCACCAGCUCCCCAACCUCCACCAACUCUCAGACAACCACCACCAGCUCCCCAGCCUCCACCAACUCUCAGACAACCACCACCGGCUCCCCAACCUCCACCAACUCUCAGACAACCACCACCAGCUCCCCAACCUCCACCAACUCUCAGACAACCACCACCGGCUCCACAACCAUCACCAACUCUCAGACAACCACCACCGGCUCCCCAACCUCCACCAACUUACAGACAACCACCACCGGCUCCGCAACUGCCACCAACUCUCAGACAACCACAACCGGCUCCCCAACCUCCACCAACUCUCAGACAACCACAACCGGCUCCCCAACCUCCACCAACUCUCAGACAACCACAACCGGCUCCCCAACCAUCACCAACUCUCCGAACACUGGCUCCCCAACCUUCAGCUCCACUACUAAAACCACCAGUAGCAACACCACCACAGGUAACAAUGGUGCCCGCAUCCGAGCAGACGGCGGCUUCUCCUUCCUUGUUCUCGCGUUCCUCAUCGCUUCUCUUGUAUGAAGAAAGACAUGGCUGAUUACUGUAGUCGAUACAUAUAGGCCUAUAUAUCUGCUAAUAGAAGGAAAUGAAGUGGCCUCAUGCUGCAUUGCUUACUAUGAAGAAAAUGUGAAAUGUGUAAUAACAAUACAUUAGAUGUAAAUAAUGUAUUAUUCGUAUGCUCUGAAUCUUUUUCACACUUUGCUUUUAGUCUCCUAUUUUUACUUUAUUUUGUGUCCCCCCCCA